AAUGCUCUUCAGUCUCCACCAACAUCUUGAGAUAAAAUGUUUAAUAGCAGAACGUUUGUCUUUGGGGCAUUCGUUUUGGUGUGUUUGGCGUACUGUCUUCCUUGCGUGGACAGUCGCGUGAUCAGGAAGAGGGAUGUGAACUUAGACACUUUGGAGUUGGUUCACGUGGUAUUUAGGCAUGGAGACCGUACACCGGACAGAAGUGCAUUAUACAAAAAUGACCCGUACAUCAACGUGACGUAUUAUCCUAUUGGCAAUGGACAACUAACAAAUGCAGGAAAAAGAAAAGAAUACAACAUUGGCAAACAACUGAGAUCGCGUUACUACGAAUUCCUCAGUGAUGAUAAAUUUACCCUGGACACAGUUGAUGCAAGAUGUACAGACUAUAACAGAACCAAAAUGUCCCUUCAACUAGUCCUGGCCUCCUUGUUUCCUCCCAGGGGACAUUUGGUCUGGGAGAACCGGCUCGACUGGCAACCUGUUCCGUUUAACUAUUGGCCCGUUCAUGAAGAUCAUGUGCUAGCUGAUCCCUUAGAAAACUGCCCGAGAUACAACAAACUAUUUUGGAACUACCUUAACUCGACCGAAGGUAGAAAACUGUAUGAAAAUUAUACGGAACUUAUUGAGUAUCUGCAGCAUCAUACAGGGACACCAAUGAAUAGUAAAGCUUUUGCUAAUUUGUACUUUACUCUAACGACAGAGAAAGAAAACGGUUAUGAUCAUCCAGAAUGGGCCAAAGACAUUUACCACCACAUACAAGAUUUGGCAAUAAAGGAUUACAAUGUUAGCACAGCUACUCCGGAGUUAAAGAAAUACGUUGUUGGAUUUCUUGUCAAAAAAAUCAUUGACGACACCUACGCAAAAAUCAAAGGAGAAUACUACAAAGGCACGAAAAUUUUCCUGUAUUCCGCCCACGAGUUCAACGUGGCCAUUUUGCUGAGAUACUUGGACGUUUUCAAUUCACACGUGCCCCCUUAUGGUAGCUAUAUCAUUGUCGAGGUGCAUAACUAUAAUGGAGUUAGAGGCCUUAAGUUUUUCUAUCAAGAUUACUCCGGAACUGAACCAAGAAGGCUCAAUAUCCCCGGAUGCGGAGGACAGCUCUGCAAACUGACCAAUUUUGUAAAUCUUUUCCAGCAUAUGUUUCCUCAGUCAGAGAAAGAAUGUUUUCAUUUAGAUGAUUUAUAACGUUAUAAAAAUUUAAAUUAAUUGUACGCUUUAUAUUAAGGCACUUCUUGUCACAUUAUAAAUUAUUGAAAAAAAAAAUCGAUUUACUGAGGUUUAGGCACAGUAAUAUUUUGCAGUUCCUUAGCGGUAGGCAUAUGUGUAUAAGCUUUUCAGAUUAUUAUUUAAAUUUAACAUCAUAUGUUAAAUUAGGUGUAAAUUGCGAAAUAGAUUUUAAUUUACCA